GAAGGCCUGUUGCGCAUGCGCGGGGCGGGGCCAGAGCGAGGAGCGGAGCUUCGGGGAGGAGACGCAGUUCCUCAGCCGCUGGCGGAGAGCGAAGACCGUGGAGCCGGCGCUGCAGGGGCGGGGCCGGAGGCGGAGUGCGGCGCCAUGCGGGCUGCGGAGAUCGCCCGUACUUCCCUGGCCUCAGACGCCGAGCCCCACCGAGUGGUGCUUCACAAGGAACUGACAGUGAGAGGCAGCAUCCUCCGGGCUCGCUGGAGAGCUGCGGACCCUCGCCUCCUCCGUGUGUCCGUUGUCAACUUCCUUGACCAGCUUUCCCUCGUGUUGCGCACCCUCCAGCGCUUUGGACCCCCUAUGUUGCACUAAGCGUCGCCUGGGGAUGGGGCCACAAGUUCUACCCUUGUGUCCCCUCCUAGGGGGGCGUUUUUCCUCCGGCUGUGGUUUCCCUCCUGCAACUAGUUCUGUGCUAUUAGGGGGCCUUGGAGGGGACCUAAAUUUCAGCCUCUACUGGCACUUGGGUGCCCAGGGUUUGGCUCGGUGCGUAAAUGUUUUUUCCAUCAGUAAAAAUCCAGCCGGGCCUCCCCUG